AUGUCAGAGUUUAAUGAUUCGAUGUCAGUUGGGGUGGCGAAAAAUGAGGAUGUUGGAGUAGCAAUUGGGGAUGGCGGUAGAUCAAAGGGAAAGGACAAUGAUGCAGAACAUGGUUUUGAACUUGUUGUGUAUAGAAAUCUAAAUACUGGCUCUCCAUCUGAAAAUGUUGAACAUAUGAAGGAGAAUUUGGAGAGAGUUAGAAAUAAGGGAAAUAGUUCUUUUGAUGAGGCUAGUGACGGUAGGCAUAGCAUCCCUCAAGAAGACAUUUUGAAAUUGAGUGAUGGAGUUUCUAUGGAAAAAAAUCCCGAAGAGAAUAUGCGUUUCAAAACAGAAAAAUCCAAUGGUAUAGAUACAACUACCCAAUCCCCCCAUCUGGAACUACCCAAGAAAACUUCAUCAAUCACCCUCACUCAUCUUGAAAAUGUGAUGUCAAAUGCAACCUCUUCUGCCGGUUCUUCUGCCCUGCAAAGUGAUAUAGUGACUUUAAAAAAUGAUUCUGUGAUGUUGACUAGCUCUGGAAAGAAGAAGAUGAGGUGCAACAUGCCGCCAAAGUCAAUAACAUAUCUACAUGAGAUGAACAGCAUACUAGUGCGGCACCGUGCUUCUUCACGUUCAAUGAGACCACGAUGGUCUUCUGUACGCGACCAGGAAAUUCUAGCUGCAAAGUCUCAGAUUGAGCAAGCACCUGUUGCAAUAAAUGAUCCAGAACUUCAUGCUCCUCUCUUUCGAAAUGUUUCCAUGUUUACAAAGAGUUACAAACUCAUGGAACGCACACUCAAAGUUUAUGUCUACAGAGAUGGGAGUAAACCCAUCUUUCAUCAACCAAUACUCAAGGGAUUAUAUGCCUCGGAAGGAUGGUUCAUGAAGUUGAUGGAGGGAAAUAACCAUUUUGUUGUGAAGGACCCUCGAAAGGCUCACCUGUUUUAUAUGCCAUUUAGUUCCCGGAUGCUAGAGUACACCCUUUAUGUACGCAACUCUCAUAACCGGACAAACCUACGCCAGUAUUUGAAGGACUACACAGAGAAAAUUGCAGCAAAAUAUCGUUACUGGAAUAGAACUGGUGGUGCGGAUCAUUUUCUUGUUGCCUGUCAUGACUGGGCUCCAUAUGAGACAAGGCACCAUAUGGAACGUUGCAUAAAAGCUCUUUGCAAUGCUGAUGUGACUGCAGGCUUCAAAAUUGGAAGGGACGUGUCUCUUCCAGAAACAUAUGUCCGGUCUGCCAGAAAUCCUCUUAGGGAUCUUGGAGGAAAACCUCCGUCUCAGAGGCACAUUCUUGCCUUCUAUGCCGGGAAUAUGCAUGCAAAAUGA